AGCAGAUUAUCGGCCAUCCGUUAUCUCCACGGAAGGUCGCAACGGUGAUGGUUGAAUUUUAGGAACGCUCAGACUUGGACCAUUUUGGAGCUGAUCGUCCGAUAAGGCAAUACGAUAAGUAAAUCAAAGACGAUGUUUUGACUGCUUUAUUGGGCCAGGAUUUAGUAUCGAAUCAACUAGAGAAAAAUGUUCCCCAUCUGGGAGAUAAAGUUGAAAACAAUUUGAAGAAAUUUAGAUAAAAAAAUGUAAGAAUGCAAGAGUAGUGUUCACGCGUUAAGUUCAAAUAUCAAACAUUCCUAGAUUUAGAACUUCUACCGGUGCUGGAACUGAUCUAGAAUCCAUGGUGAUCUUCAAACUUUUAUAGGGUCCGUACCGGUCCUGGAACUGAGCUCAGAGUCACAUAGACCUUAAAACUGGUCAUGAAUCCAUGACGGUUCUUGGAACCAUUGCCCCUCUAAACAGGUCUAGAUCAAAUUCCCUGAACCAUAGCGGUUCUGGAGGUUGUACAGAAUCCAUCCCAGUCCUAGAACUCGAAUGCUCAUCCAAAACUGAUCAUGGAACUGAUACUGGAAUAGAUCCUAAAUCCAUCCCGGUCUUGGAGCUGAUCCUGCUUCAAUACAGAACUUCUGAAAUGCCCUGAAUGAAUUACUUAUCCUGUAACUAAUACUAAACCGAUAUCGUUCUAAAACUGAUCCCAAACCCAUACCUUUCCUGGAACUGCAAAUGCACCGUUAAUGAUUCUGGAGUCGAUUCCCAGCCCGUACUGGACUUAGAACUGAUACUGAACUUAUUCCAAAUCAAAAACUGUACUUGGGGCUGCGUAACUGCUGAGUUGAGUGAAUCAUGAAUCUAUUUCGGUUCGAUACAGUAUCUAUUACGAUUCCUUUUUUUACUGAUUCUGCUACUAUGCCGGUCCAUUACCCGUUCCCGACAGCAGUUGUUAAUAAAAUACAGUAAAAAUAUGCUUUCAAGCAACAAAAUGAAAGCUGUUACAAUUCUUUUGUCGACUUUGUCUAAAAAAAAAUGAAAUCGAAACAGAAUAAAAUAGCACGCGGUAAAUUCAGAAGAUUCCGUAACGGGAAAAUGUGUUCUUAAAUUUUGCCAUAAAAAUAGAAGCGAUGAGAUGUAGGUAUCUUGGUGUAAAAAUCACAGGGCGGUAUAGCUCGUUGUUGUUAUGGAUACACCUUGUGGACAGCGUGCUGUCAGCCAGUCGUGCAAAUCAAAACAAACGAAACUUCGAAGGAAACGCAUCUGCGAAAAGAAAUGAUUUACCGAUUAUAAAAUGUGCAAUUUUUCGCUAAUAAUCUAUGAAAUUGGCCAGAAAAACAGUUUUAAAAUUGUAUUCUAACAAGCUGCUAAGAUAACAACCAAAGGCAAAGUGAUGCAAAAGCCAAACUCACCGAACUACUUCCUGAAAUAUCCUGAAUCUUCACCGCAGGAAGCUAACUGUGUUCCGUUCGAUCUGCACAAAAUAUGUCGCCUGUGUCUGCAGGCGCUACAGAACGGUUCCUGUGUCGACCUGUUUGCAAUAAACCAUCUCUCAGUCAGCCCACUGGCCAUGAUAACCCGCUGUGCUUCGAUUCAGAUUUACGAAAAGGAUGGUUUUCCGACGACGAUAUGCAACGAUUGCUACUGCAAGCUGGAGAUGGCGUACGAAUUCCGCAACCGGUGUGAAGCGUCCGACCAGAAGCUACGCGAAAUGUUAAACAUUCCGACUGGCAAUGACAAAAGUGCGCAACUGCUUUCGAUGGACGAAACAACGGCCAGCAACAAGGAAGAUGCCAUCUAUCACGCUAUGAAGGAAAUAUUCGGACCGGAUGUUGAUCCCGCCUCGAUAAUAAUCCCACCGGCGGCGGAAAGCCUGCUGGACGGUGGUUCGAUCGAACAACAGCUCGAAAACACACCCGCAACACCGUUGAAGAUGAAGAUGAAACGACAAAUCAAGCGCAAAUCCCAGCUGGACGAGCUGCUCGUCAAGCACAAGGAGAAGCUUUGGCUCGAAAGCACGAAGGUGAAAAUCAUUCGCCAGAAAAGGGCCGCCCGGAAGCCACCAAUGAUGGGUCGGAAGCGAGCGACUGCAAAGGAAAAUGAAGAGCAGCAGGAAACGCAACCCGGCGAUGCAGAGAAUCCCUUCCAGUGUACCGUAUGCCAGCGACGGUUCAACCGUGCCGGCAAUCUCCGGCUGCACAUGCGAAUACACAGCAACGAGCGACAGUUUCAGUGCGAAAUCUGUAGCAAACUGUUUCGCACCUCGAGCAAUCUGCACGCGCACCGGAAAACGCACACGGACGAGCGCAACUUCCCUUGCACCGUGUGUGAGCGAGCGUUCCGGACGGCCCGCGAGCUGGUGAGCCACGGCAAAACGCACAGCGACGUCAAAGCGUACGUGUGUCGCGUGUGUAGCAAAGGGUUCGUGAAACAAUCGUACCUGAACACGCACAUGAACACGGUGCACGUCGGGCUGAAGCGCUACCGGUGCCAGGAGUGUGGCAAACAGUUUUCCAACAGCUCCAACCUGAUCGCGCACCGGCGGGUACACACCGGCGAGAAGCCGUACCAGUGCGGCGAGUGUGACGGGAAGUUUAACCAAUCGUCCGCCCUGACGCGCCACAUACGGCAGCAGCAUCGGCCGAAGGAGCCAAGCCCCGAACCGCCGGCGCCGGAGCAACCGGUCGGCCGCGAAAGUGAGGAACCGGAGGAGCUUUCGAUCGAGGUGGAUGAAAACCGGUCCCUGGACAGUGCGGCCAGCUCGGAGCUUUCCGUGGCGACGUCGCUCAUGGACAGCCAGUCGUUCUCGUACGGUGGUAUGCCGUACGCGCAAACGUUCGUUCCGCAGCCAGCACCACCACCACCACAGCCUACUGCGGCGGCGCAACAUUUCAGCCACGUGUCGCAUCAACAUCAUCAUCUGCACGCUACGCAUAGCUAUGCGCAUCCAUCGCACCAUCGGCACAACCAUCACCAGCAGCAGCCGCCGAUCAUGCACCAGCCGAUGGCGGUUAGUAGCCAGCCCGCGACGAACCUCUACCCGACCGACUAUCUGCCAACGUACCAUCAUUCGGCCGCGCUGCCGAGUACGCACCAGCCGCACUACGACCUCGGUGGGUACGACAUGUGCUACAGUAUGCCGGCCUCGACCGUGCUGAAUCCGAGCGUGAUGAAUCCGCAACCGACGUACAUCUUUGACCAGUGAAGGGAGGGCAUGCUUCCUUGCAAUAAAGUGUAUUAGUUUUAUGGAUAAGAGUUGAAUUAAGAGAUUU